UGGAUAAGAAAAGCUGCAUUCAUCCGCAGUAGGCGCAGCUUGGCAGCGAUGAGAGAAACAGCGCGAAGAAACACGUCGAAGACUCGGCAUCGCCUUCGGAUACUAUUCAAGGGUAAGCAAGCGUAAGAGGAGCCAUGCGUGGUGUGCAAGUUACAACCCCAGUCGGCUGGAGAGUGGAUGAUGGAGAGCAUCUGUUCACAGCCGUACUUGGCGCAGCACCACAGCGUCGUCAACUCGGCAGCGGGCCACAAGGACGUGGUAUCGAGAAGAGAAUUUUAAAUGGGAUUAUCAGUCUUCCUCAAGCUCUGAGCUUCACCACGGCAUUGGCUUCACCGGCAUUGAGGGACUGUCCGAGUUGGGUAGGGUUUUCAAAGUGCAUCUUGUCACUUAGUUUCGGUAGGAUAUCUAGGGUCGGUCCCGUAAGAGUUAGAUGUGCGGCGGCUAGUUCACCUCGUGGGAGAGAGAGGCUUAGUGGAAAAAAUAUGGCGAACGAGGAGGCUCUCGCCGCGAAAUUAGCUGAGAUGACGCUGAUGAAGAAGGAGCAAUCUCCGCAAGAGAAGCCUCUAUUCUCGUUCGGAGUGAUUACCGAUAUUCAAUAUGCUGACAUUGACGAUGGGAAAUCCUUCCAAGGAGUGCCGCGGUACUACCGGCACGCAUCUGAAGUAUUGGAGAGAGCAGUGGAUGCAUGGAACAAGCACGGCAACCUCGCAUUCGCAGUCCACUUUGGUGACAUUGUGGACGGAUUCUGCCCCAAGGAGCAAUCCAAACAAGCGUUCGAACGCAUCUUAUCUGAGCUCGCCAAUUUCGAAAGAGGUCCCGUCUAUCAUAUGCUGGGCAACCACUGUCUCUACAACCUACCGCGCCAAGAGUUGAACCAAUUCCUCAACAUCCCCACCUCGGGCUUGCAUUCUUACUACUCCUUCAGUCCCAAUAAUGAAUUUUUGUUCGUUGUUUUAGAUGGCUACGAUGUGAGCGCUCUGGGCUGGCCAGCGGACCACCCCCACACCGCGGCCGCAAUGGAGCUCUUGAACACACGGAAUCCCAACAAGGAGAAGAACAGUCCGGAGGGGCUCGUCGGUGUAGAGCGCAGGUUUGUGAAGUUCAACGGCGGUGUCGGGGAUGAGCAGCUCGCAUGGUUGGAAAACACUCUGCGCGAGGCGCAAGAAGCGCAACAGAAGGUUAUCAUUUGCUGCCACUUGCCAAUGGACCCAGGCGCAUCGUUUCCUUCCGCUCUGCUCUGGAAUUACGACGCUGUGUUGGCGGUUGUGCACAAGUUCAACUGCGUGGUGGCGUGCUUUGCCGGACACGCCCAUGAGGGCGGACAUUCUGUGGACUCUCAUGGCGUGCAUCACCACGUGCUGGAAGCGGUGCUGGAGUGCCCUCCCGGCUCGGAUGCGUAUGGCUAUGUCAACGUUUUCUCUGACCAUCUCUCGCUUUGCGGGACGGAUCGCAUGCGUUCUUACGACAUGAACUUCCAGAGCUCAGGAAUGCACCCCUCUCAUUCUUUGAAUUGAAGACUGUGGAUUCAGCCACAGACGUGUACCAUAUAAUGUUUCUUUCGACUUAUCGAAAACUAUUGAGAAUCGAUCACAACGGUUUGUCAGUGGUCUUGUUUUAUGCGUUUGGAAAAACACUAUUUAUAGGUUCUCAAAGCAUCCCCUCCAUGUGCUCUCAAAUGCUAGAAACUUAUUGAUCUUCAAACCUGUGCUGGAAACUUCACGCUGCAGUGCAGAGCUUUCAAGAACCUGCAAGAUUUGUGUAAGACCGUCGUUUGGUACUAAACUUGUGCCGGAAGAUGCUGUCCCGUGCUUCUGUCGGAGUGUCAGCUGCAAACUGCACCCAUCCACAUGCUGGAAACGACACAUCCAGACACCAUGUUCCUGCAGCGAAACGUAUUAUGACAAGACCUUAAAUUCUUUAUUCAGUUUAUUAUGUGCUGCCAUACCUUAUGGCGCGUUCGAGUCUUCUUCAAUUAAACCUGCUAGGAGUUUUAUUGCUGCCAGUGUUCGGAGUCUUCAAUAGUCUUCAGUUUUAGCGACACCGAAGAGCAUCAUCAAUCUGGUGCCUUUGCAGGUCCAUCUUCAUGUCGUUGCUCAUUUUGUGUGUCACCUGUUUCACAUUUUUGUUGGUGCUCAUGCUCAGUCAGUGAGUAUUGACAAAUGCUGUGAUGUUUUACAGUUUUUGAGGAUGCUUUACUCUGUUGAAAUGCAACAAAAAACCUUGUAGAAGUGAAUUUGAAGCCUAAUGUGUUUUAUUUGUAUACGAUUCUGCUAGGUUGAGAGGAAUAAACAUACUUUUGAUA